UUGUAUGUAAUCAUUUACUCAAUUGUUCCCGUUUAGGAUUCACUUCAGUUUGUUUGUUCUUGUCCACAAAACAGUGCCUUGUGUUCAGAGUAUUCAUCUUCACUUGGUUUUUAAUCUUAGGUAAGUAUGUAGUAUAUAAUCAAAGGUUUGUAUUAGCCUUGAAAUAAAUGAUUAUUAUAACAUUGUUGUAAGGUAUGGAUGGAGAUAAUGACACACUACCAAUUAAAAUCGAACCAAAACAUGAAGAAGAAAUCCAUUCUUUUCUUCAGGAACACAUUUCAAUAAGCAACGAAGUUGUGGUGAAAAUAAAGGACGAAAGUACACCGCUCGGUACAUCGUACUCUAAAUUUCUUUAUAAUGAAGAUAUACAGCCAAGUCACCCCUUAACUGAGUGUAAAACAGUGCCUAAAGAUUUUAAGUGUGCUAAUUGUGAUUAUGGAACAAGUAAUAAACACUACCUCAAACGACAUCUUCUGAUAUAUAAGGUUUCAAAGGAUUUUAAUUGUGCUACUUGUGAUUAUGGAACAAAUGAUAAACAGCUCCUCAAACGACAUCUUUUGACACAUAAAGUUUUGAAGGAUUUUAGAUGUGCUAGUUGUGAUUAUGGAACAAAUGAUAAAUACCACUUUAAACAACAUCUUUUGAUACAUAAAGUUUCGAAGGAUUUUAAAUGUGCUACUUGUGAUUAUGGAACAAGUAAUAAACACCACUUCAAACAACAUCUUAUGAUACAUAAGGUUUCAAAAGAUUAUAAAUGUGCUACUUGUCAUUAUGGAACAAGUAAUAAACACCACUUCAAAAAACAUCUUAUGAUACAUAAGGUUUCGAAGGAUUUUAAUUGUGCUACUUGUGAUUAUGGGACAAAUCAGAAACAACACAUCAAACAACAUCUCUUAAUACAUAGAGUUUCUAAAGAUUUUAAAUGUACUACUUGUGAUUAUGGAACAUAUGAUAAACACCUUCUCAAACGACAUCUUUUGAUACAUAAAGUGUCGAAGGAUUUUAAAUGUGCUACUUGUGAGUAUGGGACAAAUUAUAAACACCUCUUCAAACAACAUCUUUUGAUACAUCAAGAUUCGAAGGAUUUUAAAUGUGCUACUUGUGAUUAUGGAACAAAUAAUAAAUGCCUCUUGAAACGACAUCUUUUGGUACAUAAGGUUUCAAAAGAUUAUAAAUGUGUUACUUGUCAUUAUGGCACAAGUAAUAAACACCACUUCAAACGACAUCUUUUGAUACAUCAAGUUUCAAAGGAUUUUAAAUGUGCUACUUGUGAUUAUGGAACAAAUGAUAAAGUCCUCUUCAAACGACAUCUUUUGAUACAUAAGGUUUCGAAGGAUUAUAAAUGUGCUACUUGUGAUUAUGGAACAAGUAAUAAACAUAACUUCAAACGACAUCUUUUGAUACAUAAGGUUUUGAAGGAUUUUAAAUGUACUACUUGCGAUUAUGGGACAAACCAGAAAUACCACAUCAAACGACAUCUUUUAAAACAUAAAGAUUCAAAGGAUUUUAAAUGCGCUACUUGUGAUUAUGGGACAAAUAAUAAAUACCACUUUAAACGACAUCUCUUGACACAUAAAGUGAUUUUGUGAUUUAUAAAUCACAAUCAGUUUCACCAAAAUCAGUUCAGUGUACUGUAUGGUCUAAGGUUAAAGAAAAAAACAUGACUUCUGACAGUUUGGUGUUUGUUAUUACUUAACAUAACCUAAAAAGAAAUGAAUUGGUUUUUUUUAGCGGUAAUAUUUUGUAAAUCUUGCUCAUUCAAUUCAUUAUCGCUCAUUCAAUUCAUUUAGAAUUCUUGCUAAUAUUUAAUGUUGAACUUUGUACAA